GGAUUGUUCAUCAAAGUCGAGUUGAAAACAAAUACAUUGACGCUGUGUUCUGCAUCUUGCAUGAUCUUUUACCUGUCAUAUAGAUGAAAAGCUAUCUAUCUUAUUUGCCAAGCCUACUUUAAAGCAUGAUCGGAUUGUUUGUUUUUCUACUUGGGUGUCAUUGGGCAUGGGCGAUUCCCUCUGGCUACACAAAAUGCAAGAAUAUAGCAAGUGAUCCCAGAUGGCCUGGCCCAGAGGACUGGGCACGCCUCAACGCAACGGUAGAUGGCCGGUUGAUUGCCACUGUUCCCAUUGCAGUGGAUUGUCACAACCCCAGCUACAAUCAUGAGCAAUGCCAGGUUCUGAAGGAUACUUGGUCAUUCGCUGAUUCGCAGUAAGUAUUUCAGUAUGUGGAUUUUGGGAGCAUCUAGAAGCUGACGGCGAAACAGUGUACAUGCACCAGCAGAAUUUCUGGCUCCAUAUUUCCAAAAUCAGUCUUGCGACCCUUUCACCAACCAGGACAGACCCUGUGUGCUUGGAAACUACGCUGAAUACUCUAUCAACGUAUCAUCCAUCCAUCACAUUCAAGCGGGAGUUCAAUUUGCUCGAGCGAAGAAUAUUCGGUUGACUAUCAAAAACACCGGGCACGAGUAAGCGAUUCCAAGAAAGGUUUAUGGUUUUCAAUAGCAGCUAACACUUUCUUUAGCCUUCUUGGAAAGUCGACUGGGAGAGGAGCUUUGUCCUUAUGGACACACCACCUGAAUGCCAUAGAUUUCAUUGAGCAUUAUUCGGGUGAUGACAAGUAUGAUGGGCCCGCAAUGCGACUCGGCGCAGGUGUUCUGACGUCGGACGCUUUUGAAGCCGCACAUGAGAAAGGACUACGGGUAGUUACUGGCACCUGUCCAAAUGUUGGUGUCACCGGAGGCUAUACAUCUGGCGGCGGCCAUGGUGUUUUCACGUCUAUAUAUGGCCUCGCAGCGGAUAAUGUCUUGGAAUGGGAGGUUGUCACUGCAGACGGUGAUCAUAUCGUGGCAACGCCGAAAACCCAUGCCGAUCUAUACUGGGCUCUUAGUGGUGGGGGUGCGGGUACCUUUGCGGUUGUUGUGUCCAUGGUAACACGAGUUUAUUCGGAUGGUCCAAUAGGCGGUGCUAGCUUUAUGUUUGACGUGGAGACAGCCGGCAGCAUCGAAGCAUAUUGGAACGCUGUGACCGUGUUCCAAUCGGCUUUGGGUCCAGCAGCAGAUGCAGGUGCAGUUGUGUCAUAUGCGUUGACGCCAACUGCCCUCAGUGUUUACGGCAUAGCGGUGGUAGAUGGAAGCCCAUCUGGAAUUCAGGGAGUCUUGGAGCAACUCACAGCUGCCAUGGCGAGUGUUAAGAUUCCUUUAAACGUUACUGAGACAGCUCAUCCAAGUUUUCUCGACUUCUUCAACCAUUACUUUUUGCAAGCAGUUACAUUGACUCCUCAAGCGCAAAUUACUGGAGGACGUCUCGUGCCGCGGUCGGUAAUGGAGAAUAUUUCGGGAGCCAAAACAGUUACUCAGGCAUUCCGGAGCGCUUCCGAUGCUGGGUUCUCUAUUGUAUGCAACGCUUUGAACGCAAAUCAAUCGCGGCUUCAUCAAAACGCUGUUCUUCCCGCUUGGAGAUCCGCCUUACUGCACUGUAUUGUGGUCAGAACUUGGGAUUUUAGUAUCCCACGUACAGAAAUGAUAGCUUAUCAGACAACACUGACCAAGGUUAUCAUGCCUCAAAUCGAACACGCGACUCCGAGUAGUGGAGUGUACCUUAACGAGGCAAACUUCGAACAGCCCAAUUGGCAAACGGUUUUCUAUGGAGCCAACUACCCUCGCUUGAAGGAUAUAAAAAACAAAUGGGACCCAUUGGGUGUAUUCUAUGCCCAAACAGCAGUGGGAAGUGAAGUGUGGGCUGAAGAUAGAAAUGGUAGACUUUGUAUGAUAUAG